GAACGCACAGAUGAGUGACGCACGCGGCUCCGGGACGCAGCGCUAGCGUGAAGCCGUGAGAGAAAUAACGCACAAAACCGCUGAAAUCACCGUCGAAUCAGCGACAACGCGCCGGUAAGACGCUCGCUCGCUCGUGUGUGUGUGGGGAGCUGUAGAUGAAGGUGUUUGCUCGGUGUGUUACAGAGCCUCAGUCAUGAAGACGAGCAGCUUCUCGCGGGAUUUAGGCUAGCGAGACAGAAGAGCACACACACACUGAUCAUGGGCUCGUCUCUCAGUGAGCCCUGCAUCUAUGACAAGCUGUCGGAGAGCAUCGACAUCCUGCGACAGUCCGGUUACCGGUACGGGAUGAGCGAGAGAGAGAUCGAGAAGUUCAUCAAGCAGGUGCUGGAGACCAACGAGCCCCGCAGAGACCCGCCGCAGUUCCCCAUCCUGAGAGCCACUGUCAAGCUGGUGCUGGCGGUGGGUGUUCUGCUGAUGGUGGUGCUGGUGUUCACGUAUCCUCACAGUGUGCCGCUGCUGGACUCCUCGAGCGCGGCGGGACACAACAGCUCUUCUCCUCUCAGUCACGCGCGGCUGCUAGCGCUGCCCAUCACCCAGAAAUACAAGCUGCACGGUUUUCACGAGUGGUGGGUGUCUGGCGCGCUGCAGAUGCCGCAGGGGAACUGCUCGGCCUGCGCAGACGUGACAGCGGUGAUAGAGCUGAGAGCGUCUGCGGGGAUCGAAAAACACACACAGCCACUGCUGCUCAAGGGCGGAGAGUCUCUGUCUCGCCGUAUCUCUCAUCUGGAGCAGUUAUCACAGCCAGACACACUCACAGCAACACCUGCCAACUUCACCCUGCUCUGGAGUUUCUCGUCCAGUCCCAGAGAGACGGUUCUCCGCUGGUUAUUUCCUGAUGCUGAGCUCUGCCCUCUGCUAGAGAACACAGGAACAACACUGCAGCGCUGCCAGCUGACCGACAGCACCAGCACACAACACACGGUCAGAACACACACAGAAUCGCCCUCU